AUGGCAACCACCGUUGAAACCGUCAAUAUCUCCUCUAUCAAUAUCGAAGAUCCGAGCCUCACCUUCGAACCUUUCCCCCUCCCACCCAGCAACCAACGCCCCCUUGGCCCUCCCCACCCCCCAAACACCACAAUCCCUCUCGCGCUGAAACCAUCAGAACAAAACCCAACCCUCGAAUCUGCAAUAUCAAGCAUAAAAUCCCUACAGGAAAGAAAGGAACUGACCACCCUGCUCUCCAAACACGGCGCCCUCCUCUUCCGCGGCCUGCCCAUCCACUCCGCAACGGAUUUCAGCGCCUUCGCGCACGCAUUCGGUUGGAGCCCACACGAGAUCAUCGGCAUAGUCGUCGAGCGUCCUCUCCUUGCACCAAACGUCGCACCGGCAAAUGAAGCGCCUAAAGAAGUGCGCAUCUACAACCAUAAUGAAUCCCCGCAGGUCCCGCACGCGCCGGAGUAUAUCUUCUUCUAUAGCAAGAAAUCUCCCGGUGUAGGGAAGGGAGGGGAGACGCCUGUUUCGUCGAGUUUGGAGCUGUUUCAUCGUGCCAGGGCGGAGAUUCCCGAGUUUGUGGAUUUGCUUGUGCAGAAGGGGAUAAAGAGUCAGGUUACGUAUAAAUUUGGACGGCAGUAUGUGGGUGGGUCGACGCUGAAAGAGGCGUUUGGGAAGGAGAUUCUUGAUGGGGAUGAUGAGACUACCAGGAAGAGGAAGGUUGAGGAGCAGAUUCAGCGGUAUGGAAGGGGGGAGUGGACGACGUGGGAAUGGACGAAAGAUGAGGACGGGAGGGAGGAUGGGAUUGUUCUUACGCAUCGACUUCCUGUUGUGCGUGCGCAGCCGGGAACGAAUCUGCCGACGCUGUUUACAGGAUUGGCGGCGUAUUAUAAGAAUACGGUUGAGGCGAGGAAGGGGAGUGCUGCUGGGAGGAAGAAUGUUGCCCAGCAGUUGUUUGGUGAUGGGACGCCCAUUCCGGAGGAGUAUCUGGCGACGCUGGCGCGCAUUACGGAUGAGAUAAGAGUGCUGCAUCGAUGGGAGGAAGGGGAUGUGUUGGUAUUUGACAAUGUCAUUGCGCAGCAUGGACGGGAGCCGUGGCAGGGUGAGCAGGGGGACCGCGUGGUGCUGGCGAGUCUGUUUGAUGGUGAUAGUGUGCCGGGGGCGUAUGGAUAUGGGGAGUGGGCACAGGUCGUGCAGGCGUCCGCUUAG